UGCAACCCCCAUCUCGAGCUCACCCAAACGACUCUGCGGCAUGCCGCCAUCCAAACCUGCAUCCCAAGCACCGGUGCCUGUGCUCAGGCAGGCCGCCGAGCUGGCAAAGCGGAUUGCCCUGGACUGGAGCUAUUUCUACGUCCUGGCGAUCCCGCUCCUGCUCUUCGAGGCCCUGCUGACAGCCGCCAUCAUUCUCAAGAUCCCAUAUACCGAGAUCGAUUGGAUUGCGUAUAUACAGGAAGUUGGUGGCUUCCUCGGUGGCGAAUAUGAUUACUACAAGCUCGCCGGCGACACCGGGCCACUGGUAUAUCCCGCCGGGUUCGUCUAUGUCUACUCACUCCUCUUCAAGGCCACCUCGUCGGGCGAGGACAUCCAAACAGCCCAGCACAUCUUUGCGAUCCUGUAUCUCGUCUCCGUCAUUCUGGUGCUGAUGAUCUACCGAGAAUCUCGAGUGGUGCCUCCCUUCGCAGCAGUUUUCCUGGUGCUCUCUCGGCGCCUGCACUCGAUCUAUGUGCUGAGGCUCUUCAACGACCCUGUUGCCAUGAUCCCACUGUAUCUCUGUGUUCUGGCCCUUCUCCGAGGCCGCUGGAUGUUGUCAGCAGUCUUGUUCAGUCUGGGCGUUUCCGUCAAGAUGAAUGUUCUGCUGUUUGCUCCUGGAUUCGCCCUUAUCAUCUACCAAGCUGUCGGCCUGGCCAACUCGGUGCUGUUGGCUACCAUGGCAAUCGCCAUCCAAGCUGCCCUGGCAAUUCCAUUCCUGCUGCACGAGCCACAGCACUAUCUUGCCAGGGCAUUCGAGUUCAGCCGCGUGUUCAUGUACAAAUGGACGGUCAACUGGAAGAUCGUUGACGAAGAUACCUUCUUGCGCAAAGACUGGGCCGCCUUGCUGCUGGGCCUGCAUCUGGUGUUGCUCGUGCUCUUUGGGAUCACGAACUGGACUCGAUCCUACGGCGGUAUUUUCAACGUCAUUGCCAAGGGGCUGCGGCACACGGAUGCGAAGGCGGUCUUAACCUCGGAUCAUAUCAUCUUUGUGAUGUUUACCAGCAACUUUAUCGGCAUCGUCUUUGCCCGCAGCCUCCACUAUCAGUUCUACUCGUGGUACUACUUUACGCUCCCAUAUCUCCUGUGGCGAGGCCGAAUCCCAACUGUGGUCAGGAUCGUGACGCUCGGCGCUAUCGAAUACUGCUGGAAUGUCUACCCAGCAACCAAGCUGAGCAGCAGCAUCUUGCUGGCUGCCCAUGCUCUGCUCCUUGCGUCGUUACUUGCAGUGCGGAGCAGCGAUGGCGAGUUUGCCCCCGCUACGCACAGCAAGAGGGACUGAUAUGCUCAGACAAAUGUGCGCAAGCAGCACCCUCUCCCCUCAACAAAAUAGCAGAAACAGGACCCGUUUCUGAGCCAUGAAUGGGGCUCAUUCUGGGUCCUGAAUACAUGACCACACUCGAUCCGCA